AUUCCAAUUAGUACCAACGCGGAUGGAAGCUACAUCUCCAAUAUCCUCUCUGCAAGUCACCAAAGGAGAUCGACGCGGGAGGUAUCCCAGAGCCCCAAACAGCUGUAUUUUAAUGUCACUGCGUUUGGAAGGGAAUUCCAUCUCCGGCUGAAACCCAACACGCGCUUAGUGGCUCCCGAGGCGGUAGUGGAGUGGUACGAAGACUCUGUGGAAACUGGAAGCGAUGCUGGUAACGGGAGUCAGGCUAGAACUGCUACAGAGAGGUUAUGGAAAAGAGAACCCCUGUGGACCAACUGCGCCUACGUGGGAGACAUAACUGACGUCCCCGGAGCUUCUGUCGCUAUUAGCAAUUGCGAUGGUCUGGCUGGAAUGAUAAGAACUGAUAAGGAUGAAUACUUCAUUGAGCCUUUGGAAAGAGGAAAGCAAAUGGAAGAGGAAAAGGGGCGAAUCCACAUGGUGUACAGGCGGUCAGCUGUAGUGCAGCACCCCACCGACGUGCUCCCGGACGUCCAUACAGAAGAGUCUCUUCUUGGCGGCCUCGGAGAGCUGAGUUCCCUGUACGGCAGCGUAGAGCAGCAACUGAACGAAACCCUGAGGCGACGCCGGCACGCGGGAGACGACGACGACUACAACAUUGAGGUGCUGCUAGGUGUGGACGACUCUGUCGUCCGAUUCCACGGCAAAGAACACGUCCAAAACUACCUCCUCACCCUCAUGAACAUCGUGAAUGAGAUUUACCACGAUGAAUCCCUGGGUGUUCACAUAAACGUCGUGCUGGUCCGAAUGAUCAUGUUGGGGUACGCCAAGUCCAUUAGCUUGAUUGAAAGGGGGAAUCCCUCGAGAAGCCUGGAGAACGUUUGCCGCUGGGCUUAUCAGCAGCAGAAGUCGGACCCCAGUCACUCUGAGCACCACGAUCAUGCCAUCUUCUUAACCAGGCAAGAUUUUGGGCCUGCUGGUAUGCAAGGAUAUGCUCCUGUAACUGGCAUGUGUCACCCAGUCCGAAGCUGUACUCUCAACCAUGAGGACGGGUUUUCGUCAGCUUUUGUGGUUGCUCAUGAAACUGGUCACGUGCUGGGAAUGGAGCACGAUGGGCAAGGGAACAGAUGCGGGGAUGAGACAGCGAUGGGCAGUGUCAUGGCUCCCCUGGUGCAGGCUGCCUUCCAUCGCUACCACUGGUCCAGGUGCAGCGGCCAAGAACUCAAAAGAUACAUACACUCUUACGACUGUCUUCUUGACGACCCUUUCGAACAUGAUUGGCCCAAGCUUCCUGAGCUGCCAGGCAUCAAUUAUUCCAUGGACGAACAGUGCCGCUUUGAUUUUGGCGUUGGCUAUAAAAUGUGCACAGCGUUCCGAACCUUUGACCCGUGCAAGCAGUUGUGGUGUAGCCAUCCGGAUAACCCGUAUUUCUGUAAGACUAAGAAAGGACCUCCGCUCGAUGGGACAGAAUGUGCCCCUGGAAAAUGGUGCUAUAAAGGUCACUGCAUGUGGAAGAAUGCUAACCAGCUGAAGCAGGAUGGCAACUGGGGACCCUGGACAAAAUUUGGCUCCUGCUCGCGAACCUGCGGAACCGGAGUUCGCUUUCGAACGCGCCAGUGCAACAAUCCAAUGCCCAUUAACGGAGGUGAAGACUGUGCUGGUGUCAAUUUUGAGUUUCAGCUUUGCAACACGGAGGAGUGUCCGAAGCACUUUGAGGACUUCAGAGCACAGCAGUGUCAGCAGCGCAAUUCCCACUUUGAGUUUCAGAACAGCAAGCACCACUGGCUGCCGUACGAACACCCAGACUCUAAUAAGAGAUGUCAUCUGUACUGCCAAUCCAAAGAAUCCGGAGAUGUCGCCUAUAUGAAACAGCUGGCGCACGACGGGACUCGCUGUUCCUAUAAAGAUCCCUACAGCAUUUGCGUUCGCGGGGAAUGCGUGAAAGUGGGUUGCGACAAGGAAAUUGGCUCCAAUAAGGUUGAAGAUAAGUGCGGCGUCUGCGGUGGGGAUAACUCUCAUUGCCGGACCGUGAAGGGAACCUUCACCCGCACUCCCAAGAAACUUGGGUACCUUAAGAUGUUUGAUAUCCCUCCUGGUGCUCGACAUGUGUUUAUCCAAGAAGACGAGGCUUCUCCUCACUUUCUUGCAAUUAAGAACCAGGCUACGGGACACUAUAUUCUGAAUGGGAAAGGGGAGGAGGCCAGAUCCCGAUCUUUCAUCGACCUGGGCGUGGAGUGGGAGUACAACAUAGAAGACGACAUAGAAACCCUCCACACUGACGGGCCCUUGCACGAUGCAGUGGUUGUGCUGAUCAUUCCUCGGGAGAAUGACACGAGAUCGAGCCUGACUUACAAAUACAUCAUUCACGAGGAUUCGGUACCAACUAUCAACAGCAACAACGUCCUGCAAGAAGAAAUAGGUACUUUUGAGUGGGCGUUAAAGAGUUGGUCGCAGUGCUCCAAACCCUGCGGUGGAGGGUUCCAGUACACCAAAUACGGGUGCCGCAGGAAAAGCGAUAACAAAAUGGUUCAUCGCAGCUUCUGUGAAGCCGGCAAAAAGCCAAAGCCCAUUCGCAGAAUGUGCAAUCUUCAGGAGUGCACGCAGCCUCUCUGGGCAGCAGAUGAGUGGGAAUACUGCACAAAAACCUGCGGGAAUUCGGGCUACCAGAUCCGGACGGUGCGUUGCAUUCAGCCCCUGCCCGACGGCGCAAACCGCUCUGUCCAUUUCAAGUACUGUAGCGGGGAUCGCCCCGAGAGCCGCAGGCCGUGCAACCGGCUGCCGUGCCCCGCGCAGUGGAAGGCCGGACCCUGGUCUGAGUGUUCUGUGACCUGCGGGGAGGGGACGGAGACCCGGCAGAUCCUGUGCCGUGCUGGCGACCAGUGCGACGGGGAAAAGCCAGAGUCAGCGAGGGUCUGUAAACUCGCUCCCUGUCACGACGAGCCCUGCAUGGGAGACAAAUCGAUCUUCUGUCAAAUGGAAGUGCUUGCGCGUUACUGUUCCAUCCCGGGCUACAACAAGCUGUGCUGCGAGUCCUGCAGCAAGCGCAGCAGCACCCUCCCACCGCCGUUCCUUACCGAAGCCGCUGAAACGCAAGAGGAAGCGAUGUUCGACCAGAGCGAUCUGCCUAGGGCUUUGAUGAUGCCAACACCCGUAGUGCCCCGCUACACGCCGUUCCCGCCCGGGAGAAGUUCUCUGGGCAGGCUUCCUUUUGCGGAAGAGGACGCAGAUACGCGCGUCUCCCCGCCCAACGCCAAGCCCAAAGGUGCUGAGUUUCCGCAAUGGAGAGCUCCUCAAGCAAGGAAGGCUUCUAGGCUGUUUGCUUUGCUACCCCUGGCCCCUGCCAACAGCAGCAGUCUCGGUCCUCGCAACGCCCUUGCGUCGGCAGCAGCCGUGCCUGCGGUGCCGGCUCGUAACACCACAGCGGGUGCUCCUUCUCCAUCGAGAACCUCAAGGAAGAGCAAGAAGCACAUUGAGAAGAGAACUCCGAGGUCCUCCGCUGUGGAAAGAUGA